UUGCUCAUCCGAUCCCUCAGCGCACACUGCUUUCUGAUCGAGGUCGCCUUGUUAGAGUUUCAUCAGUAACCAAGCAUGCAAUGGCGCGCUUAGCGAUGUCCGCUCGCGGUAGGCUGACGAUGCUCGUCGUCUUCUUCCUGCCAUUGCUGCACUGCGUGCUGCUGGAGGGUGCAGAGGGUGCGCCGUGGUUCUGGCGGUGGCCACCGAUAGGCGGCGGCGGCGGCGAGGACCCCUACUGCCUGAGCUGGCGCGUGAUGGUGGAGGCCAACAACGCCAAGGGGUGGCGCAGGGUGCCGGCGCCCUGCAUCGGCUACGUCCGGGGAUACAUGGCCUGGGGCCAGUACUACCGGGACGUGGGCAGCGUGGCGGACCAGGUCGCCGCCUACGCCGCCCAGAUCGUGCCCACCGCCGACGGCCUCGACGCCUGGGUCUUCGACGUCGACGACACCUGCCUGUCCAACCAGCCAUACUACCAGGCCAAGCAGUUCGGGGCGUAUGAUCCGGUGGCGUUUAAGAUGUGGGCGAGCAGAGGGGUCUGCCCGGGGAUACCUGCCAUGCAGUGGCUGUUCCAGACGCUGAGAGGCAGAGGGUUCAGAGUCUUCCUCGUGACCGGGAGGGAUGAGGAGACCCUGGCCUCGAGCACCGUCGCCAAUCUGGCCGCGGCAGGGUUCUUCGGCUACGACCGGCUCAUCAUGAGGAGCGCGUCGUACCGGGGGCAGAGCUCGGUGGCGUUCAAGUCGGCGGUGCGGAGGCAGCUGGUGGCGGAGGGUUACCGGCUCCGCGGCAACAUGGGCGACCAGUGGAGCGACCUGCAGGGCGAGUGCGUCGGCGACCGCGUCUUCAAAGUGCCCAACCCCAUGUACUUCGUCCCAUGACUCUACAGCUGCAGGCUGUUCAUGUUCAGACAUGCAGACAAAACCCGGCAAGUUCCCGGCGGCAACAAAAGUUGGGUCAUCGUCUCGAAAAGGGGCGUGGUAGGAUUGGGUUAUUCCUUUGUCUAGUAGCGGGCACGUAACUAUCCAUCAUAUGAUGCUGCUUGUCUUGUCGUCGAUGGAUGCAGUGGCAGUGGCAAGGGCAAGCAGGUUCUCUGUAGCAUUACAUCUCGUGCCGGAUUAGGAA